AUGGCCGACAACGAGGAGCUCAUCGUGAGCUUCUGCGCCAUCACUGGAGCUGAUCCAGAUAUGGCCCGUCACUUUCUCGAAGCCUCAAACUGGAACCUGCAGAUCGCGACUUCGAACUACUACGAGCCCAAUGAAGCUGGACAGGACGCGAUGGAAGAAGACGACGAAGAUGAGGAGCUUCACCGCUCGCAUGCUGCUGCGUCAGCACCUUCGUCCUCAUCGGCUGCGUCGAGACCGAAGCCUAAACAGAGCUCUGGCUCCGGUGCAAAGAUUCGGACCCUCGGAGAUUUGAGUGCCCGCGAUGAUGACGAGGAUGAGGAAGAUGAAGGACCCAAGAAGCGCGAUUUGUUCGCUGGUGGAGAAAAAUCCGGCCUUGCGGUUCAGGAUCCCAGCAACCAGGGCGGCGGAAGAGCCGGUGUCGAUUUGAUUCAAGAUAUCCUAAAGCGUGCUGCGGAAGGUGGACAGCGUCGUAGACAGGAGGAAGAAGAACCCGGUCCACGCCCCCGAUUCUCUGGCUCCGGCCACACCCUCGGAAGUGAUGCCAACGAAUCCGUUACCAUCCCCGAUCCCGUCGCUGCUAUGCCGGCUCCUCGUGCGCCUGUCACUCGCACCCUUACCUUCUGGCGCGACGGAUUCAGUGUUGAGGACGGACCCUUGAUGCGCUACGACGACCCCGCAAACCGCGAGAUCCUGCAGGCUAUCGAGAGCGGCCGCGCCCCUCUGAGCUUGAUGAAUGUUGAGCCUGGCCAGCCCGCUGAUGUCAACGUCUUCAAGCGCUUGGAUGAGGAUUAUGUCGCGCCGAAGAAGAAGUUUGUGCCGUUUAGCGGUCAGGGACAGAGAUUGGGCUCCGUGACUCCCGGUGAGCCAUCUCGUGCUGCUGCUCCUGCUCCUGCUCCAGUUGCCGCUCCGGCCGCUGCCGCCGCCCAGCCAACCGCUCCCAGCGUCAAUGUCGAUGCGUCUACUCCCAGCACGAGCAUUCAGAUUAGGCUUGCCGAUGGAACGAGGUUGGUCUCGAGGUUCAACCACCACCACACUGUUGGAGACCUGUAUUCGUUCGUCAACGCGUCGAAUGCUGGCAGUCGGAGUAGGGACUACAUCCUGCAGACCACGUUUCCCAACAAGGAGCUCAAGGACCACGGUCAGAGCGUCAAGGAUGCUGGUCUGAUCAACGCAGUUGUUGUUCAGAAGUGGGCUUCUUAA